AUGGCGCCUAAAAGACUUCAGCUGGGGAUUGUUGGCCUCGGCCGCAUGGGCAAACGUCAUGCCUUAAACUUUCUGACUCGAGCGUCGAGGUCACAAAUUGUUGCAGCAUGGGCCUUCGACGAGAAUGAAGCUGAAUGGGGUCGUAAGGAACUUGGACCUCAUGGAGCUCAAAUUUAUACCGACUACGAUAUCUUUCUGCGACAUGCUGGCCUUGAAGCUGUCGUCAUUGCGACUGUCGUUGGAGCACAUGCCGAGCAGGCUAUCAAGGCCAUUGAACAAGAUAAGCAUGUCUUGUGCGAAAAGCCGUUGAGUACCAACCCGGAUAUUUCACGAUCAGUUGUCGAUGCUGCGAGCAGAAAACCUCACUUGAAGGUCAUGUGUGCGUUCUCGCGUCGUUUCGAUGCUUCUUAUAGAAAAGCGUGGGAUCGAGUCAACUCAGGGACCAUCGGCGACGCUGUUGUUUUCAGGUCACAGACCUGUGACAUGCUCAACCCAACUGGAUUCUUCCUCCCUUACGUCAAAGCGAGCGGCGGCGUCUUUCUAGAUCUCAGCAUUCACGACAUCGACUUGUGCCUGUGGUUCCUCGGUGUCAGCCAGAAUCUCGUGGUCAAGAGUGUUUCGGCCAGUGGCGUGUGCGCUGUUCAUCCAGAACUCGCCGAGCUUGGGGAUGUCGACAACGGCGUUGGAAUCGUGGAAUUCUGGGGCGGCAAGAUUGCCCAAUUCUUCGUUUCUCGCGUCAUGGCAUCCGGCCAACACGACAUGUCUGAAAUCAUUGGCACCAAGGGCAAAAUUGUGGUCAAUCGCCAGCCGAGCGACUCACUGGUAGAGAUGCACGAAGCUGGAGGCAUUCGACGCGAACUGCCAACAGAUUACUACGGGAGAUUCGAGCAAGCUUUUGUUACCGAGGCGAACGAGUUCACUGCUGCGUGCCUUGAUGAUAAGCCUUUGCCGUUUGCCCUAUCUGGUGCGGCACAGGCGGUGGAUAUUGCUGUGGCUUUACGGGACAGUCUCACGACGGGACUGAAGAUCCAUUUCGAUGAGACAGGGUGCCGCAAGGCUUAG